GAAGUUUGGAAGAGGGAAAUAGCGGCGCAGGAAAACUAUCGUGUUGUUCCUUUGAGAUGCGUGUUCGUUGCUACCGGUUUGUGUUGCGGUCCUCGGUGUCUCUCGGCCCCCCACACUCCCAAUUCUCAGUUCUUCCGGGCUCCUGGACCGUAA